UCCCGACAAAUGGAUGUGACAGGCGGCCGUCGGAGCCCCGGAGAGCGAGGAUGACUAAAUCCGCUCCUCGACCCCAGAAACCAUCAUUUUUCAAACCCUAUUUCCUGAGAGGAUAUCGAUAAAGUGCGAGCUUUUAACGCGAGGAGCGCAUUCAACAGUGCGCGCUGCGGAGCUCAAGUAGCGGAGCUGCUGAAAGCUGCGCUGCUAAACAAGGUGGAGGAGUGAGUCAGUGCAUCGAGUGAAGAGGACAACACGUCUCUUCAAUAUAUUAAUAACACUUAUAGGGUUUUAUCAGUGGGGACUGUGGGGGACAUUUGAGUUUUUGGGGAGUUUAAAAGAAGAAAAUGUGAUUUUUACGCACAGAUCAAACGGAUGACGCGCAAUUCCAGCCAUGAACGCGCAUCGUGAGGCGCACGACUGAUAUCUAGAUUUCAAAGGAAGUUUUUAUCACUGUGCGUGUGUCUGCUGUCGACUCAACUUUUACGUCCUCGCUUUGGUGAAGCCAGAUGAGAAGGCAGAGAAGCGGAAGGCGGUUGACUUAACAUGGCUGAGCCACUGGGGCAUCAGGGGGCGCUGGCCGGAGCUCCCCAAAGCGCCUGAAUCCCAGUUGAGUUGAUUUUGUUUUUUUCUCUGUGGAGGUGGGGAGCUGGCAGAUGACCACAGGCCGAUAAUGUCGAAGAGGGAGAAAUUCAACCCGGACCCGUCCAUCCACAUAUCCAAGAUGAAUGUCAUCAUCCCGUUCUCACCAGAUGUGCCCUGUGACAGCAACGGCCAGCGGAUGUGGUGGGCUUUCCUCGCCUCCUCCAUGGUCACUUUCUUUGGGGGUCUCUUCAUAAUCCUCCUGUGGAGAACUCUCAAAUACCUGUGGACUGUGUGCUGCCACUGUAACGCCAAAAAGAAGGAGGUCCAUCGGAUCACCACAGGCGAUGGCAUCAAGCGCACCGAUAAGGACGACCCAGCGGCCAGCGAGGUGGGCUGGAUGACCUCGGUCAAAGACUGGGCUGGAGUCAUGAUAUCCGCUCAGACCCUGACAGGAAGAGUCCUGGUGAGUUCGCACUCAGUCAUCAUCCUCCUUUUCAUCUCUGAAUGACAUCCCGAGCUACUUUAGCCCACAUGUAGCAGACUGCUGGUUAAGACGUCAGCGAGAUUAAGCGUGACAGCCCAUCAUGAUCACCCCUCAGACUUCCUCAUGACAGCUAGGUACUCAGGUUGAACUCCCUCGUAGUAUAUUCAUCUGUGA